CCUGGGCCUGGGAUCCGAUAGCCGGAGUCACUUGUCUGGGGUACCCAGUUCCGAUCGCUCGACUGCGGGGGACCUAGCGGCGGCCGAGCAAGUAAUCAGGAGCUCCCAAAAUGUUUGCCAAAGCAACGAGGAAUUUUCUUAAAGAAGUUGAUGCUGGUGGUGACUUGAUUGCAGUGUCGAAACUAAAUGAUGCGGAGGGCCUGCAGCUUCUCAGUCUGGUGACCAAAAGGAAGGGAUACUGGUUCUGGCAGAAGCCCAAGUACCAGCCGUUGUCCCUCACCCUGGGAGAUGUGCUCUCAGAUGCUGACUUCCCAGGUCCAGUGGUGGUGGAGUCGGACUUUGUGAAGUACGAGGGCAAGUAUGAGAACCAUUUGAGAGGAUCCGUGGAGACGGCGCUGGGCAAGAUCCAGCUGAAUGCUCAGGGUAGAGGUGUCGUGGAGAGACAGUCUUCCUUUGGGACCCUCCGAAAGCAGGAGGCCGACCUGCAGCAGCUCAUCAGGAAUUCGGUCGACAGGAAGCUAAAGCUAAGCCACUCCCUGCUGCGAUACCUGCUGGCAAAGAGGAGCGAGGUCCUGUGCGUGCUGACGCAGAGGAUCAUGACAACACAGAAGUGCGUCAUCUCGGAACACAUACAGGUGGAGGAGACGUGUGGCGGCGCCCUGGGGACCCACGCCAAGACGGUGCAGGUGUCAGCCUCAGAGGACGGGAACUUUGUCAAGGACAGCAACGUGGUCCUGGAGAUCCCUGCUGCCACCACCAUCGCCUAUGGUGUCAUUGAGCUGUACGUGAAACUGGAUGGCCAAUUUGAAUUCUGCCUCCUCCAUGGGAAGCAUGGUGGAUUUGAGCGUGAGAGCCACAAGGACCCUGUCCACCUGGAUCCCGUUGUUUUCCAAGACUUUGUGUUCACGGAUGCACCAGAUGGCAGCCAUGGCGCGUCUCUCCUGGAUGAGCUGCUGAGCACUGUACACCAAGCCACUCAGCAAUCGGAGAAGAAUUUCCGUCCCUUUGAGGUACUACCGGAAGACCGACGGUCGGCCUUGUGGGGAGUAAUGCACUCACUGUUGUUCGACAAAGAGCUACUUGCUGCCCUGGAACAAGUGUGUGACUCUGUGGUUGGCGGGGUGUGGCCUCCCCUGGGAUUGCAGUCAGUGGUAGCAGGGCUGAAGCCACUGCAGCAGCAGGAGCUGGAGGCUUUCCUGAGCCUGGUGGGAUGCAGGAUCCAAGGCGGGAACCCCAGCACCGGCAGUGAGGUCAGUGACCCGCAGCUCUUCGUCACCGCCCACUUCCUGGUCAGCGCCCUGGCAGAAAUGCCAGAGGAUGCAGCUGCUCUGCUGGGCACCUGCUGUGAGCUCCAGACAGUUCCAGUGCUGUGCUACUUGCUUUGCACUCUGUCUGACAAGGGGGUCUCUGACCUCGGAGACCCAGCCCUGGCUGCCCUGGUAGAUGCUGACAGGUUUGCGGUGGUGCAGCGCCUGUUUGCUUUGGCUGACAUCGACCUGCAGAGGCUGCAGUCAUCAGUGCGUGGUGUCAUCCUCAAGGACCCUCACAUCUUCCCCGUGGUCCUGUCCAUAAGCCUGAGUGGACUCUGCGCCCUAAGCAGGGGGCAGUAGGACAGACGUAAUGUGGGAAGCACAGGUGGACACCCGGCAGCGGCUGAGGCCUGGUACUGUCACACGGUGCUGUGUGGUGAAAUGAAUUCACACAACACUUGGUGUGGUGGCAUGUUUUUUGCACG